AUGGCCAAAUUCAUUAAAUCAGGUAGAGUUGCUAUUGUUGUCCGUGGACGUUACGCCGGUAAAAAGGUUGUCAUUGUAAAACCACAUGAUGAAGGUACCAAAUCACACCCAUUCCCACACGCCAUUGUUGCUGGUGUUGAAAGAGCUCCAUUGAAGGUCACCAAGAAGAUGGAUGCUAAGAAGACCGCCAAGAGAACCAAGGUUAAGCCAUUUGUCAAAUUAGUCAACUACAACCACUUGAUGCCAACUAGAUACUCAUUGGAUGUUGAAUCUUUUAAAUCUGCUGUAUCAUCAGAAGCUUUAGAAGAACCAUCACAAAGAGAAGAAGCCAAGAAAGUAGUCAAGAAGGCUUUUGAAGAGAAACACCAAGCUGGUAAGAACAAAUGGUUUUUCCAAAAAUUACAUUUCUAA